AUGCCGAGACAAGCUGCAGCCGAGGCAGCACAGCGGAACUCGAAUCUGAGCAGUUUCGAAAAGCUUCCUACGGAACUUUUGAUCGAGAUCGCCAAGCAUCUACAAGAUGACUCCAACUUCCCACACAUCGGCCCGCCGCUGAAGUACAUUUCAGCCGAAUCUGUCACAGAGAAUUACUGGAGUCGGGAUCUACUGUCUUACAAGCCUACCGAAUAUGGAACAGAGCCGCCAGCCUACAAGGAAUUCAAGCGGCGGAAUCAAGACAUCCAGAACCUCACCGCAACAAGCUCACACCUCUUUGCCGCAUGCGGCACAAUGAUUUAUCGCACACCGGUCAUUCACGGCGAUGAUGAAAUGGUCGCAAGAUUCUUCGAAAGGAUCACCUCACAUCAUGUUGUGCAAACGUAUAUUCAACAUCUUUCCAUCCAGACCUGGUGGUAUACGCGAACAUCCAUUAGCCCAUACUUUAAACCAGAUCUGCUCAACAACCUGGUCAAUCUGAGGUCUCUAGAAAUUCGCGACUAUAUGGAACUAUAUGAAGACAGUUUGUACAGACUUCUUCCAAGGCUACCCGGUCUAGAACGGCUGUCGAUGAAUGGUUUCAACCCAAGGGUUUCCCAUCCUAAGUAA